GACAACAGCAACAUGCACAAUGCGAGAAACGCGAUGGAGGUUGAAAGCUCGUCAACGUGCGCACUGAGGGAAUUCGGCUGCGAGCAAAGUCUGUUGUCCAGGCCGGAUGGCUCGUCGUCCUUUAUUCAAGGGGACACCAGUGUUCUGGCAGGAGUGUAUGGACCUGCUGAUGUGAAGGUCAGUAAGGAGAUCCAUGAUCGCGCUACGUUGGAGGUCCUCAUCCAGCCCAAAGUGGGCAUGUCGGGUGUGCGGGAACGAGCACAGGAGCAGUGUGUGAGGGAGACCUGCGAGGCAGCUCUUCUGUCCUCGCUGCACCCUCGCUCGUCCUUGUCCCUUGUCCUCCAAAUCAUUCAUGAUGACGGCUCGCUGCUGUCCUGCUGCCUAAACGCUGCCUGCAUGGCCCUGAUGGAUGCAGGGCUACCCAUGGGCUGCCUCUUCUGUGGUGUGACCUGCGCCAUUGACCGUGAUGGGAGAAUUGUGACUGACCCUACAAUGCAGCAGGAGAAGGAAAGUCGGGCUUUGAUGACCUUUGCCAUUGACAGCACAGAGCGCAAGGUGUUGAUGUCAACAACAAAAGGGUCUUUUUCAGUUAAUGAGCUGCAGCAGUGUAUAGCAGUCAGCCAGCGGGCAUCAGAGAAAAUCUUCCAGUUCUACAGAGACUCUGUCAGAAGACGGUAUUCCAAGACACUCUGAUGUGGAACCUUUCAGUGCCUUUCUUGAUGUGUUUUACUAUGAUUUGCCUGCUUUUUUUUGAUUAAUAAAACAAGAUGUUAUA